CUUGACAAACGACUGACCACUUUGCGGAUGAUCUACUUCAUAAGAAUAUGAAAUCUAUGCACAGUUAGCAAAGUUAUGCCGCAUUGUCGUUUACCUCGAGCUGCCGCUCGUAGCGCAAGCUCAGCCCUCCGUCCUCCCCUCAAGACCCAACUUCGAGGCCUCCAAACAGACCAACACAGUACAAAGUCCCUAGAUUCGAUUCUGAUCGCAAAUCGGGGCGAGAUAGCCAUAAGAGUAAACCGUACUGCUGCCAAACAUGGUAUCCGGACGACGACACUCUACACGAGUCCCGACGCUCUCUCACAACAUGCUCAUUCUUCUCCCUUCGCUUUCAACCUCGGCCCAACCGCAGCUUACCUCGACCAAGAGAAGAUCCUGUCUAUAGCUAAACAACAAGGCUGCCAGGCUAUACAUCCCGGCUAUGGUUUCCUAUCAGAGAAUGCCGACUUCGCCAGAAGAUGUGCAGAAGAAGGGGUCACUUUCAUUGGACCCCCAGCCGGCGCAAUCGAGGAUAUGGGCGACAAGGCGAGAAGUAAAGAGAUCAUGAACUCGGCUGGAGUACCCUGUGUACCCGGAUAUCAUGGUAGCGACCAAGCUCCCGAAACACUUGCGCGAGAGGCGGAGAACAUUGGCUAUCCUGUUCUGAUCAAAGCCGUAAGAGGCGGAGGAGGAAAGGGUAUGCGGAUCGUCACGUCUGCCCAAGAAUUCUCCGACAUGCUCGAAAGCGCAAAAAGCGAGGCACGUAACUCUUUCGGUAAUGAUGAGGUUCUCGUAGAGAAGUACAUCACAACGCCACGGCAUAUCGAGGUCCAAGUAUUCGCGGACAAACAUGGCAAUUGUGUUGCCCUUGGCGAGCGAGAUUGCUCUAUUCAAAGAAGACAUCAGAAGAUCCUCGAGGAAUCACCAGCUCCAAAUCUUGAUGAUUCUGUCCGGAAGGAUAUAUGGGAAAAGGCGUGUGCUGCUGCACUUGCCGUCAAGUAUGAAGGUGCUGGUACGGUCGAAUUCAUCUUCGAUAACGAUACGGGAGACUUCUAUUUCAUGGAAAUGAAUACAAGGCUCCAAGUCGAGCAUCCCGUGACAGAAAUGGUGACAGGCCUCGAUCUGGUACAUUGGCAGAUCUUGAUCGCCGAAGGCAGGCCGCUACCGUUGACUCAGGCGGAAGUCGAGCAGCAGAUCUCUGAACGCGGGCACGCAAUCGAAGCUCGAAUUUACGCCGAGAACCCAGAUAAAGGCUUCAUACCAGACUCUGGCAGGCUCCUGCAUGUUAGACUACCUGAAGAAACGACUGACGUCCGUAUCGACAGUGGCUUUGUGCAGGGCGACGAGGUCUCCAGCCACUAUGACCCUAUGAUCGCCAAACUGAUCGUUCGAGGUGAGGACAGAUUGGACGCGCUACGUAAGCUGGCAGUGGCUCUGCAAGAUUAUGAAGUGGCUGGCCCAGUCACGAACAUUGACUUUCUCAAAAGGAUUUGCAAAUCUGAGGACUUUAUGACCGGCGCCGUUGAAACCGGGUACAUUGAGAAGCAUCGGCAGGAGCUCUUCCCGCAGACAACUAUCACAUCGGAAGUACUAGCUGAAGCCGCCAUAGCUUCGUAUUUGCAAUCAACAAGCAAGAAGACAGUUACGGCAAACCCGUCGCUUCAACCAUUAUCCUCACCAUCAUGGCUAAAUACAUCGUCCGACUUCCAGCGUCGAACAUUCCAGUUCCAGUCCGCAGAUUUCGAGCCAGGUCCAGGCAAGACAGCGGAAAUCCACACUGUUGAGAUCCAGCAAAUGGCUCCAGGCCAGUUUUCAGUAAUGACACCAUCCUCUCCAGCACCUAUCGAGGUCUCUGCCUCUCUCGAUCCCCCGACCAACAUUUUGACCACCUACUUCCCCCAUACGCGCCAUACUUCGCGCAUUAUCUUUGCGCCAUCGAUGACCAUAUCCGCUGGUACGAUUCAUCUUUUCACACCUCAUGGUGCUUUCCGCCUGACGGCACCCCAACCGCCAUGGCUGGCCAAAGCGCUUGGUGUCACCGAGAAGGCCAAUUCGUUAGUGUCACCGAUGCCGGCCAAGAUCUUGAGAGUACUAGUGAAGCCAGGCGAUACUGUGACCAAGGACCAGCCACUCCUUGUCAUUGAGAGCAUGAAAAUGGAGACAGUGAUCCGAAGCCCUGCUGAGGGUGUCGUGGUCAAACGUGUCGUACAUGCUGAAGGCGAGGUCGUUGGCAGUGGGGUUGAACUGGUCGAGUUUGAAGAGGAAGGAGUAGACACAGCAAACCAGGCCUGAAAACUCCCUGUCGUUGACAAUAGGUGGAGACACCCAUCGGCAAUGCGGCCACGAGUUUCAAGUGUCUCAUUAACCGACGAUUCAAGUUGAGGGCGAGACGGUAAGGGGAUGAUCGUUGGAUCGACACGCCUGGAACGACGAUCAGCGCCUCGAUCUGUGGAAUCCUUGUGCGCAAUUGCAGCUUCUAGAAGGCCUCGAGAACUUUAGUCAAACGCCACAUUCGCAGUGUCGUACUGUAGUCGGGAGGAUUAGCACGUGCGGUCUGCUCAAGAUUUCGGAACAGCUGUGACAGCGCCUCGGAUGUAGGCUCCAGGCUGCGAUUAGCGUACUGUGCUGUGAUUCAACAAUUCGAGCUUGGUGCGUUGCAGACGAGCUUGAAUGCAAUGCAGGGGCGGAACAGCAUCUCGUGGAUGGACAAACACCUUCACUAUGAGCUUGUCUCAAAUUCAACAACUGUGAGAUCGUGUGCAAGCGCUAAGUAGCGGUGACAAGGCGAGAGAGGUUCGACACGUUAACCCAAUUCUCUGUGCGAGUACCUGGUCAUCUUGGGAGGUGUAGAAUCAUAAUUCUCAUCGAAGGGCGCACCUCUCGAGGUUGCCAUGUCCCGAGACUGACCCCGUGCGUCCAGAAGGCUCCUCGAAAACCGUCUAGAAAGAUGGUCUCGGAAUGAUUCCAACCCGCAAAGAUGCGCAUCCACGCGAGCUGUGUCACACCCUUAGCCUAGGAAUUGCAUCACUCAUCAAGCUACCGAGAGCAUGAAACUUGAUCGACGUUACAAGACUUCCAAACAGGCGUUUUGGGCUUGCGCCAUGGCGUCCUGUUCGUGGUCAAGUACUAGGAAACAACGGAUAUUUUCCGUACUUGAAUCAAAAGAGGAUGUCCCUGCCGAUCUCGAAGCUCGCAUGUUCAAGCCUCACUCGUCAUUGAAGGGUACCCUGCAAGGAUAGUGUGCGACGAUCUUCCUUCAGCCGGUGUCAAAUGCCCGACGGAUUUCAGAGCAGAAGACUGCCGUCGUUUACGACUAGAGGCUUGAGGUCAGCCGCAGGAGAUGGUGUUCGGCAGUAUGGACCUGGAAAUGGAAGGGGCCAGAGGUGCUCCAGGCCUCUCUUCGCCUGCGUGACCCCAGGUGCCCAAGAUCUAAGACCUGUUAAGUUAUCAGUGUCACAUAGGCUGUCGAGGGCCGACUGUAAUACUUAUAGAGACAACGAAGCUCCUCCGCGACAUAUGAUAG